GUAAGUAUGAAUUAGUAGCUUGGAGGGAAACAAGUUUCACUUCUCUUCCUUUCAUACUCAUGCAGUUUUUCAUAACCGGUGUGGUUUCUUUUUUUUUUCCCCAGAAUUUGUUUUUCUGUUGUAGUUUUAUUUGUCUGCAAUAAGUUUUAUAUUCCACAAUUAUGAAAAGUUUCAGGUUGGAUGAGUUGUUAUAUAGAAGCUGGAGUGGUAAUUCUUACUUAAGAUGACUUUGAAUUUAUGUAGCAGCAGUACUACAUAUCCUUGGUUUAUGAUCCACCAGUUUAAGUGUGCUUAGUUCUGCUUUGAUGCUGUGUUUGUGCAAUGAACAUUUUUGUGAGGAUGUCUCACAAAUAUACCUUUGGUUCAAGUUUAUUUAUAUAAAGCAUGUAAGAGAAGAUAAAUUUGAAUUCUGAUUAUUCUGUCAGUGAUUUAGACAAUGACCCCAGAGAGGCCUCAUCUUUUAUUGUGUGCUUUGCUUUUUACUGAUGUGGAACAAAUAGGACUAUGGCAGAAGAGGUAGACAGUGAACUUGCAGAGAGAUCUUUUUACUCUGAGAAUUAGAAUUUUGUAAUUUGGUCAUACAUGCUGCAGCACUAAACAGUUUGAGUGCAGUGUUUUGAUAUGCAUACAAAUUAAUAGAAAUAUACUUGCAGUCUUCUUUCAGCUGUUGCUCCUUUUUUGCAUGGAUAAAUUAGUUAUUUUCUGUUUGGUAGAGCAAUCCAAGAAGGAAAAAACUGCAAGAAGAAGUGUAUUACAUAUCCUGUAUUUCUAGAUGCAUUAAGUAGCCAUUUUCAUUAACUUGAAAUGUUGUGUCACUGCAAUAGAGAUGAGGCAUUUUUGUUGUGCAGACUUCAAUUGCACUGCAAAAUUUUACAAAAUACGAGCUGACUUUUAAAAAUUCCUGGUUUCUAUUUCAUGGCAUAGCUUGUUUGACUUGUCUUGAUUUCAAAAAAUUGCCUUUAAAAGAACUUCUGGAUACAGUGCAGCAUAGAACAACAGCAUGGUGUUUAAAAGCAAAAAAGGAAGACCUGGUAAUUAUCAACUUUAAAAGCACCCAUAAAUAAACCAGUGCCUUUCACUCUGCAGCUAAAUGUGGAAAUUCCACCUCCUAAAUUAUCCACGUUCAACUCAGUGAUGGAUAUUUUCUCAGUUCAAAAAAUGGGAAUGUUUCUCUAAGGCAGCAAAACCAACUAAUUUGAUUCUUCUUAUUCUUGGCUUUACUAACUUGACGGCCUGUUGCCAAAAAUCAAUGAUGCAGUCACAAGCAAGUGCUUAAGCUCUUCCUUUCCCUCCUUUUAUUUCAUCUGGACUCUUGCAUGCUAGGAAUUGAAAUUCUUAGAGUCUGCUUAGAGUAAGAGAUCUCCUCUAUCUAAACUUCCCUGAAACCAUUGAUAACAUAACUUUGCAACCUGUUUGUAUGUAUUGUUUUCUUUUCUUCCACCUUGGCUGCAAACUCUCUCAGGUCUCCGCUGGUUCAUCCGCCAAGCCAUGGAUGCCGCUCGACCCACAACAGCCCAAUUCACACUGCUACUGGCUCACGACUCACUCAGAACUUCUCUGUGUCUGUUCCCACUCUCAUCUACACUGGAUUCCUUUCAAUGAAGAUCCCAAUCCCAAUACAUAUUCAUCAGGACCCUCCACCCCUCUGAAAAACCAAACUUAUUCCUUUUCACCUUCCAAGUCCUACAGUCGACAGUCCUCUUCUUCUGACACAGAUUUGAGUUUGACACCCAAAACUGCACCUUCCCCACAGGGACCUAGGAUUUUCCUGUUUCCCAGCUCCCCUACACUCUCUUGUGAUUCCCCACAUCUUAAAAAGUCCUGUCUCCUCCUCUCGGGGUCUAGCAUUAAACCUCUACACUCUAGCCAUGUCAGCCCAGUUGUUCUGAGGAAAAGUGUUUCUUUCACUGAAGAGCUGCUUCUGGCUGCUUCUGGAAUGGGCAGUGGGAGUGCUGGAAAAGAAGGGGGGCCAUUUAAAACUCUUUUAAGACAACAGACUCAGUCAGCUCUGGAACAAAGGGGAGGAUCGCCCCGUAGGUUCUGUGCCAGGCGGGAGUUCCCGUUCUUCACCCUGACCACCUUCCCGCCAGGCUUCCUGCUCCACGUCGGCGGCGUCGUCAGCGCACGCUCGGUCAAGCUGCUGGAUCGCAUCCACAAUCCCGCCUUUGUCGGAAUAAUGGGUAACACAAGAUCAUACAAACUGCUAGACUGGAAUAGUUUCAAUUCAGAUGAACCGGAGACACGAGAUGCCUGGUGGGCAGAAAUCAGACAAGAAAUAAAAUCCCAUGCCAAGGCAUUGGGUUGUCAUGCUGUAGUGGGCUACAGUGAAUCAACCAGCAUUUGUGAAGAGGUCUGUAUUUUGUCCGCAUCUGGCACAGCAGCUGUACUGAACCCUAGGUUCCUUCAGGAUGGCACCAUGGAAGGCUGUUUGGAACAAAGGAUUGAAGAAGCUUCACCACCAGGUUGUGGAUUUUGCCAUAUCCCAUAUGAUGAAUUGAACAUGCCAUUUCCUGCUCACCUCACUUACUGUUACAACUGCAGAAAGCAAAAAGUUCCUGAUGUCCUUUUCACCACAAUUGAUCUUCCUGUAGAGGCAAUAGUUGUUGGGAAGGGAUGUCUUAUUCAAGCCAGGUUGUGCCGGCUGAAGAAGAAAGCCCAGGCUGAAGCAAAUGCAACAUCUAUCAGUAACCUCCUGCCAUUCAUGGAGUAUGAAGUGCACACACAGCUGAUGAACAAACUCAAGCUGAGAGGAAUGAAUGCCCUCUUUGGGCUGAGAAUUCAGAUCACUGUGGGGGAAAAUAUGCUGAUGGGCUUGGCAUCUGCAACAGGUGUGUAUUUAGCAGCUUUGCCAACACCUGGAGGUAUUCAGAUUGCUGGGAAGACUCCAAAUGAUGGCACCUAUGAGCAGCACAUAUCCCACAUGCAAAAGAAAAUAAAUGAUACAAUAGCAAAGAACAAGGAACUUUAUGAGAUUAAUCCUCCAGAGUUACCUGAAGAAAUUAUUGGGUCUCCCAUUCCAGAGCCAAGACAACGUUCCAGGCUAUUGAGAUCUCAGUCAGAAAGCUCUGAUGAAGUUACAGAGCUUGACCUUUCACAUGGGAAGAAGGAUGCUUUUGUCUUGGAGAUUGAUGACACAGAUGCAAUGGAAGAUGUACAUUCUUUACUGACAGAUGUUCCACCACCUUCUGGUUUCUACAGUUGCAACACAGAAAUUAUGCCUGGUAUAAAUAACUGGACACCAGAAAUUCAAAUGUUCACAGCAGUUAGAGUGUCCAGAUUAAGCAACAUUAACCCAACAAAUCAAACACUCAAUAAGAACUUUAAUGAUCUCUGUGAGAAUCUGUUGAAGAGUUUGUAUUUUAAGCUGCGGUCCAUGGUUCCUUGCUGCCUUUGCCAUGUGAACUUCACAGUGGCUCUGCCAGAGGAUGAGCUGGUCCAGAUUGCAGUCACAGCUGUUGCCAUUACAUAUGACAAAAACCAAGCGCUACAAGCCAACAAAGCACCUACAGAAAAAUCACAGCAAAGAGCAUCUACAGACAAUGAAGAACAGCUACAAUUUCCCUUGGAACUUUGCUCUGAUCCCCUUUCUUCUCAACCAUUCUCUCCAGCUAAAGAAGUCCUGGAGGGUGCAAGCUCCCACACAGGUAUUCCUGCUGCUCAGAGAGCAACGUCAGUUGAUUACAGUUCCUUUGCAGACAGAUGCAACAGCUGGAUAGAGCUCAUUAAACUGAAAGCUCAGACCAUAAGGCGCGGAUCAAUUAAGACAACGACUUCCCUUGAAAAAGCAAGUCCAUUGGCUGAGGGAUACUUACGGCACCGUUCUGUCCCGUCGUGCACCAAUUCCACUGUCUCAGUUGUUAAGAUGACGCCUCUUUCCUUUCUCCCUGGGGCGAAAAUAACCAAAUAUCUUGGGAUAAUCAACAUGUUUUUUAUACGAGAAACCACUUCUUUGCGUGAGGAGGGUGGUGUCAGUGGCUUCCUGCACGCUUUUAUUGCUGAAGUGUUUGCCAUGGUGAGAGCCCAUGUUGCAGCUCUGGGAGGGAAUGCAGUUGUGUCAUACAUAAUGAAGCAGUGUGUUUUCAUGGAGAACCCAAACAAAAAUCAGGCUCAGUGCUUGAUCAAUGUCAGUGGUGAUGCUGUCAUCUUUGUCCGUGAGUCUGAGCUGGAGAUGCUGCCAGUGCAGCCUUCUGCAGCUGCUCCUCAGCCCACGAGUUCUGCAGGAGAUGUCACAACAUGAAGGCACAGCAAGUGAAGUAGUCACUGCUGAACAUAAAGGUUAUUUAAAAUGUGGGAAUCUUUAGGUUUGCAUCUUCAAAGUCACUAUCUUUCCGUGACAUUCACAGCCAAAACCCAGGACAAUCACUUUUUUUGUUGUCAUACAACUUAGGUAAGUCAGAGCAGUGAGUUGGCAAACUGGCAGUGUGCUCUGGUUCUUCUGUUACUGUGCUUGGCCUCUGUGAAACCAGGCAGCAGGUGAAGCUCUCACAGGAGAACUUGGAUUAGAAUAGCAGGCAUCUCAUGGAACUGUGGAAGGAAGGAAAAAUUCUGUUCCAUUUUUGAAUUAUCAGUGGGACCCUGAUAAUCUGUCAUUCAGAACCAUUUCUGAGUUUGGGUGUUCUCUGAGCUGAUUCUCAGCUCAGGUCAGGGCGGGAGGGACGUGCCUGAGAAGUUGGUUGGAAACCUUUGAUAGAGAAGGGAGAGAUUUGUGUGCAGGCCGAGAAAACAUGGGCUGGACUCUGAAGUUCCUUUACAUCGUAGAGUGUGAAGAGGAAAAAGGAGAACCAAAAAGUUACAGUUUGAAUUUCUGCUCAUUGAAAGUUUUUUUUCUUAUUUUGUUGUUGUUUUUAUAGUUGGGAGCUGGAGUGUGAUGUUUUUUGUGGGGUUUUUGUUUGUUUGGUUGGUUUUUGUUUGUUGUUGUUUGUUUGUUUGUGAUUUUUUAAAAUUGUUUUUAGUAGCUACCAGACCACAAUGCUGUGAUCCUGGGCAUCCCUGUGGUGGACAAUAAAGCCCCAGAACACAAUAAAAAGUUGCAGGGUGUGUCGUGUGUCUGGUGCUAGUACAAGAUGUUCACUUCAGUAUUGACAAAGCAGGUCUUUUGUUAUUUAAGACUUUGUGAAUGAAUUGUCCUGAGAUUCAUCUUCUUAAGGCAGGAUCUGUUUCAAGGAUGACCUAAACAGUGCCCCAAAAAUGGCUUGUGCAGAGGUUAUUCUGCAGCCUCCUUCCUGUUUAAAUGCCUGGCUAAUUGGAGACUGAUUUAUGUGUGUGACACUGGUUCCACUGGGCUUUUUUUGUUCUUUUCCAGUGCUGUAGCUGGGAAAUAAGGGUACUGCAAAGACAGGAAAUUUGUCAUUUCCAGUAAAAGUCUGAAAGGUGAUGAUACUCUAUUGUAAAAACAAAACAAAACACAACAAAAAAACUUCGCUUUGAAGAUGCAUUCUUGCUUAAUUCUGACAACAUUGUACAUGUAACUUGAACAAAGAUAUAAACUUGAAUGUAAAUACUCUGUUCAGUGUUGAAAUUAAGCAAUGGCAUGAUUAUUUGUUAAAACUAAUUAUUUCAUUGUAAAUGAGCAUGAAAAUCAUUCUUGCACAAUAAAUAUCUUUAUAAAA